CAUUGGUCACGUAACGGAGGCGGCCAUAGUUGUGGUCCGCUCUGGAAAAAGGUCCGGCUGGAACCGCCGGUCAAAGCGGAACAUUAUAUUUUAGCUGGAAACAAACUCCACAGGGCUGUUACACACUACUUGCGUUUUGGCGAAUAAGCUGUGUCUUUGCACAGAUGGGUGAGGAUGUGUCUGCUGAUAGUGUCACCCUGGAUCUUCUGUUAGAAGCCAGGGAGACGGUCAAAAGCAGUCCUUUGGGGGUCAUCAACACCCCUAUGGUCCCCUGGAGCCAGACCACCUUGCCUCUCAACAAGGCUUGCAACAUCCACAUCAAACUGGAGAACAUGCAACGAACCGGUGAGAGAGAACAAGCUCUUAAUUGCAGAGGGUCCUUUAAAAUUAGAGGCGUGGCCAAUCAGUUUGCCAGGAGACCAGAAGGUGGUCAUUUUGUCACCAUGUCUGCCGGGAAUUACGGGAGGUCGUUUGCGUACGCGUCAAAACACUACGGCUGGAAAGGCAAAGUGGUGAUGCCCGAAACCGCCCCGGUGUCCAGAUCCGUCCUUAUACAGGGUUUCGGGGUCGACGUGGAGCGAGUUCCCACUUCCUGUCUGAUGAAUGAGGUGAUGCGUUGCGUUCAGGAGCAUAACAUGACUUUCCUGCACUCCUACGACGACCUGGAUCUCAUAGCAGGGCAUGCCAGUCUGGGCCUGGAGAUCCUGGAGGUGGUGCCUGAGCCCGACGUGGUGGUGGUGUGCUGCGGAGGAGGUGGACUGCUGGCUGGAGUGGCGGCUGCAGUCAAGCUGUCAGGAUGUGAGAUGAGCAGAAUCUACGGAGUGGAACCAGAAGGAGCCUGUACCAUGCACAGGAGCUUCAUAGAGAAGAGGCCGGUGGCCAUGGACACACGCAGUGUUGCGUCAGGACUUGCGCCGCCGUUUGCAGGCACGCUGCCCUACGAGCUGUGCCAGCGUUACGUGGAAGGGAUCGUCCUGGUGAGCGAUGACGACAUCAAGGCCGCCGUGUCCGCCCUCUACAAGGCGGGUCUGGUGGUGGAGCCGUCAGGCUCUGCUGCCUUUGCCGCCAUCGCUUCUAACAAGAUCCCUGAACUUGAAGGGAAGAACGUUGUGUGCAUCCUCAGUGGCGGAAACAUCGGCAAAGACGAGCUUGGAAACUUCCCAGACUGACAAGACGAGUCUGCAACUCAAUAAUGGAGUCGGAACAGUAAAAUUGACAACAAC